AUGGCAGGAACUGUGCUGUGCACAUUUCUCACUGACUUUUCUCCAGAAUGCAGUAUUAAAGAUUAUGGAAAUCUGCGCUUUGAUGUCUUUCCCAGUCGUAACCCAUUUAACAAAAUGAAGAAUUCAAGCUCGGUUGGAAAACAGAACAAGAUACUAGCUGGUCUUGUUGGAGAUGUGAAGAGAAAUGGGAAAAAUCUCACUAGUUUUAGGGAUUUUAGCUUCAGAGUCUUCACGUUGGCAACCUCAAUAUACCAGCUCAAUAUACUGGCAGGGCUGACAAUUGGGACAAUCUUUGGGUAUGCUGCAAUUCAUCUUGGUAUCUGCUUAAUUUGGUCAGAUGCCCAUGUCAACAUCAACAUUGCUGGCUUUUUAAAAUUGGAGAAGCGGAUGAUGUUGAAGAAAUGGAUGCCUGGUGUUCCUGGAUUCUCUUGGAUGAAGAUAUGUUUGUCAGCCAAAGAUGUCUACAUGGGAAUAAGGGAUGUGCUCUCUGGAACACGAAGACUAGUAACAAUAUUAGUUGGAGAUGCAGGUAAAAAAAGUCAUCCUGUAUUUCAUUUUUUUUUACUAAUCUUGUGACUUCUUGGAAUCAAAUGGUGUUUUGUGUCAGAGGUAGAUAAACUUGGAAUUGGGAAAGUGAUGGCAGAAAUAGCAUUGCUGGCUUGUGGCAAAGCACUAAAGGAAUUGAACGCCACAACCAGCUCAGCUGUAGCAAUGACAUGUUUUGGAGCUUCACAUGGGAGAUUCUACAUUGGCUGUUGCUGUGUCCCCUGA